UUGGCCUCUACAUUCGGCUGGGUCCUCUCUCUCUCUCUCUCUCUCUCUCUCUCAGGGAUCAUAUUCCUCUCUGCACGCGCGCAAGCAAGAACGCACGCACAGAAAGAUUAAUCCACAAACACACUGCUAGUGUAUUGCUAGGCCGGCCGGCAGGCGGGCAAUAUCAGACAUGGGAGAUGGCAACGCCACGAACAAUAGAGGCCUUUCGAGCAACAACAAGCCCGAGUGGCUUCAGCAGUACGAUCUGAUUGGGAAGAUCGGGGAGGGCACCUACGGGCUUGUUUUCUUGGCCAGGAUUAAGUCUCCCACCGCCAAUCGAGGCAAGUCCAUCGCCAUCAAGAAAUUCAAGCAGUCCAAGGACGGCGACGGCGUCUCCCCCACCGCCAUCCGCGAAAUCAUGUUAUUAAGGGAGAUUUCGCAUGAGAACGUUGUGAAGCUUGUGAAUGUUCACAUCAAUCACACUGACAUGUCGCUGUAUCUCGCUUUCGACUACGCUGAACAUGACCUUUAUGAAAUUAUUAGACAUCAUAGGGACAAGGUUAACCAUGUCAUCAGCCAGUACACGGUUAAAUCGUUACUGUGGCAGUUGCUCAAUGGACUGAACUAUCUCCACAGUAAUUGGAUCAUACAUCGAGAUCUAAAGCCAUCAAAUAUCCUGGUUAUGGGUGAGGGAGAUGAGCAAGGAGUUGUAAAAAUUGGUGAUUUUGGACUUGCAAGAAUUUACCAAGCUCCCUUGAAGCCGUUAUCUGACAAUGGGGUCGUGGUAACUAUAUGGUAUCGUGCACCUGAGUUGCUCCUUGGGGCAAAGCAUUAUACAAGUGCUGUUGAUAUGUGGGCUGUUGGAUGCAUUUUUGCUGAGCUUUUGACUUUGAAGCCACUUUUUCAAGGCGUAGAAGUCAAGGGCAAUCCAAAUCCUUUCCAGCUUGAUCAACUUGACAAGAUAUUCAAGGUCUUAGGCCAUCCCACGCCAGAAAAGUGGCCAACACUUGCAAAUCUUCCACAUUGGCACCAAGAUGUACAGCAUAUACAAGGGCACAAGUAUGAAAAUACUGGACUCUACAAUGUCGUUCAUCUCUCUCCAAAAAGUCCUGCAUAUGACCUCCUAUCUAGGAUGCUGGAAUAUGAUCCUCGGAAGCGUAUAACUGCUUCACAAGCUCUGGAACAUGAGUAUUUCCGGAAUGAUCCUCUACCAGGGCGGAAUGCACUGGUAUGCCAAACUGGAGAGAAAGUUAACUAUCCUACUCGUCCUGUGGAUACAAGUACAGAUUUUGAAGGGACAACUAGUCUUCAACCUCCACAAACGGUAUCAUCUGGAAAUGCAGUUUCUGGGACCAUGCCUGGUGCUCAUGGAGGGACAAUGAGAUCUGUCCCUCGGCAGAUGGCAGUAGGUGGCAUGCAAAGGAUGCAACCUCAGGGCAUGCCGGCUUAUAAUAUAACAUCUCAGGCAGGGAUGGGAGGUGGGAUGAAUCCUAAUGGCAUUCCAAUGCAGCGGGGUGUUCCUGCCCAGGCCCAUCAGCAACAGUUGAGAAGGAAAGACCCAGGAAUGGGGACAAAUGUAUACCCUCCACAGCAGAAAUCAAGGCGCCUCUGAGGUUAUGCAGGUGUAAGGGGAAGUGAAAGAUAACUUGGGGUACGUCAUGCCCGAUCUCACAAUCCAUUACUUCUCAGGAUGUACAGUCUAGAUGGUUUGCAUCAGUGACCUGUUAAACUCAUCCUUUCUUCACUCCAUUCCUAGUCAUCAGAACAUCAAGAUCAAGUGCCGCAGAAUUCAUUAUUCUCUGCUCUAAUUUCACUUUUGUUGCCGGGAAUACCGAUCAGUACGAGGGGAGGUAAAAGAAGAUUACAGAAGCACAAACUACACGCUUGAUGGAGCACGUUUCUUUGUACACUAAAUGUGAACCAAAUUACUGUACAUGUUUGUUGUAUUGUGGUGUUAUGCCACCUUAACAAAUUUACGUAGGUUUAGGAGAUCUCAUUCGCCUCAAAAAAAUGGGAACUAUUUGGUUGAGGCCACCCUCUGGCCUCUAUUGGGGCUCAUCUUCUCAUACUGAUGUAUUGUAUUGUAUUGUUUACUGAGGAAAACUUUGACCAAUGAAACAAUAUUCAGAUUUUCUUUCCAA